AUGCAACAACGCACUACCGGUGGCUGCAAUUCUUGCAGUGAGAUGCUAGAAAGGUUCUUGACAGUCGAGAGUCUCAAUGAUAUCAUUCUCAAGGGAAACGAUGGAGUGGAAGUGCCAGCCAAUCGCUUUUUGCUCGCUGCGAGAUCUGAUGUCUUCAUGGGCAUGCUGCUGGGCAAGUUUCAAGAAUCAUCAUCACCAGUUGUAGAGCUUGGAUUCUCUGGAAUCGUCCUUAAGGCAGUGGUAGAGUUUGUGCUCACAGACACAGCAAAAGUGCUCAACAUCAAAAAACAAAACACACCAAAUGCAGGGGAAGAUAUCACUGCAAAACAGAUUGAAUGCUUAGUAUCAUUGGCCGAGGCAGCUUCCUACUUUGACCUUGCUGGCCUCCAAGACCUUGUCCUUGAAUCUUUUAAAAUGCUUCUUGAAGAGAACCCAUGCUUGUCCCCUUCUGCCCUGCAUGCAUGUAGAAUGACUGGCGACUCAGUGCCAGAGGUGUUUGUUGAACAGGCCAAAACUUUGGUUCGAAAAACCCCAUCUAAGUCACUUUGUGCCAAUCAUGUGGCCAACUUGAGCACUACUGUUCUGGAAGAGAUGCUUAUGGAUUCCGAAAUGGAAAUGACUGAAUAUGAACUGUUUCAAAUUUUAUCCCUUUGGGUAGAUGGUGACACCGGGAAGAGGAAGGAAGCAGCCAUUUGUCUGUCCAAGCAUAUCUCUUUUGAAAAGAUUGAUCUUGAUAAUCUGACAACAACUGUGGCUUCAUCAGGUUUGGUUUCACCUGAGCAACUAUGUGAAGCAUACAAAAUCCAGGCACUGGCACUCCAAAAGCUCUCACCAUCAGCAACUUUCCAAACACCUAGGAAAUCUCUCUGGGUAUCUCAACGACCUGACAAUUGCAGAGGGGUUCCAGUUGCAGUCAAGGUGCAAGGGGCUGGAACUGAAGCUGUUAAUGGAGUCUACACACGAGAUGGAACUCGGAUGGACAAACCGAAGUACACCAUGCAAAGUUCCUAUGAUGGCAACCAAUGUGUCUUCUGGCUUUUCAAUGGGGGUUUGAACUGGUACAUUGACAUUCACACUGAAGCAAAUUCACACUUAGAUGAUCACAUUGAAUUCUACAAAAAUCGCCACGAAAAUGGUGAUUUUCCACCUUGUACUGGAUGGGAUCUCCAGAAAGAUGGAAAGGGAGCAGCUCCAAAAUUUCUCUUCAAGUAUUGA